AGGAGAGGAGAGGAGAGGGGUCGGCCAGAUGGGAGGAAGGAAGGAAAGGAUCUCUCUGCGGGCUCAAGUGCGCGAUUAAGGGAUUCUGCAUAAAUAAACAUAUAUAUGAACCAAAGCCUAUAAUAAAAGGGGGAAUUAUAGGCGCGCCACCGCGUUGCGUGGACGCGGACAAGACAGCGGCGGUGCGCGCUGAAAGAGCCAGGUCCUGUCUUUCCCUCUCUGGAUUUUACUCCUCAUGUUCUUCAAACUCUCGCUGAGGUUCACUAACUUUUAAAGGCAGUGUCUGUAAACCCUUCCCUCGCCUCGGCCUUUCAAUUAGCUUUCUCCCCGGAAAAGAAGAGGAAGAAGAAAAAAAAGAAAAGCUCCACGGUGGAAGCUGAGGAAGGAAGAGCGGUUUGUUCCUUCCGAGGAGUCCAGCUCGCCGCAGCCGGGGUUUAGGCGUUGGCACCCAGGCAGGCAGUCCCUCGCCAUGGCCGGGGCCAAGCCGGGAGUCCACGCGCUGCAGCUCAAACCCGUGUCCGUCCACGAAGCUCUGAAGAAGGGGGGCAAAUUCAUCAAGUGGGACGAGGAACCCAACAGUGGGCCUCCCACCCUGGUAACCCUGAAAGUUGACCCAGAUGGGUUCUUCCUCUACUGGACUGGAGGGUCCAACCUGGAGGUGGAGAUUCUGGACAUCAGUACCAUCAGGGACACCAGAACAGGAAAGUACGCCAAACAGCCAAAGGAACCUAAGCUGCGGGAGGUGCUGGGCUUCGGUAAGGGUGAUAAUGUAGAAGGGAAGCUGGUAACCAUCGUCCAUGGCAACGACCUGGUCAACAUCUCCUUCCUCAACUUCCAGGCUAUGCAGGAAGAUACAGCCAAGAUUUGGACAGAUGAGCUGUUCACUUUGGCCACAAACAUACUUUCGCAGAAUGCAUCAAGGAACACCUUCCUCCUGAAAGCGUACACUAAGUUAAAGUUGCAGGUGAAUCAAGAUGGGAAGAUUCCAGUGAAGAAUAUUCUCAAGAUGUUUUCAGAUAAAAAGAGAGUGGAGACGGCUCUGGAGCAGUGUGGUCUCGUCAAUAACAGGUCAGAGGGAAUAAAGCCAGAUGAUUUCUCAUGGGAGGCCUUCCAGAAGUUUCUCGACAGCCUUUGUCUCCGGCCUGAGAUACAAAGCAUCUUUGAGGAAAGUGGCUCCAAGGGGAAGCCGUUCAUUUCUUUGGACCAGCUGAUGGACUUUAUCAACCGCAGGCAGCGUGACUCCAGACUGAAUGAGGUGCUGUACCCCCCACUGAAAAGAGAGCAGGUCCGACAGAUCAUGGAGAAAUAUGAGACCAACACCAGCCAGCUGGAGAGAGACCAGAUCAGUUUACAGGCUUUCAGUCGGUACCUGGGAGGAGAGGAAAACAGUAUCGUGCCUCCAGAGAGGCUGGAUGUCAUUGAUGAUAUGAACCAACCGCUGUCUCACUACUUUAUCAACUCCUCACACAACACAUACCUCACAGUGGGUCAGCUGACUGGUCUUUCUUCCGUGGAGAUGUACAGACAGGUACUUCUGACUGGCUGUCGCUGUGUCGAGCUGGACUGCUGGAAGGGCCGUCCGCAAGACGAGGAGCCCUACAUCACCCACGGGUUCACAAUGACCACUGAGAUCCCCUUCAAGGAGGUGAUUGAAGCGAUAGCAGAGAGUGCUUUCAAGACCUCGCCAUACCCCGUCAUCCUGUCCUUCGAAAACCACGUAGAUUCGGCCAAGCAGCAGGCCAAGAUGGCAGAGUACUGUAGGACCAUCUUUGGAGAUGCCCUGCUCAUUGAUCCACUGGAGAAAUAUCCACUGAUCCCAGGUCAGCCGCUCCCAUCGCCUCAGGAGAUGCUGGGGAAGAUUCUCAUUAAAAACAAGAAGAAGCACCAACACCACCGGCCCUCGAGUGGCGGCAGCAUACGACGCAGAGAGAUGGAAGAGCAGUCAUCACCCAACAAUGACUGUCCUUUGACAGACAGUGAGGGGAGCCAGCUCCUGUCAAACGGGGAGGAGAAGCUGGCUGAGAGGAUGGUCAAGGAUUUGGAGCCUCGCAAGUCCAUCGGAGCUGAGGGAGAAAGCGAGGAGGAUGAGGACGAUGAACCAGUGACAGAGCUGAAAAAGCCAAACAGUGACGAGGGUACAGCCAGCAGUGAGGUGAACGCCACAGAGGAGAUGUCAACUCUAGUCAACUACAUUGAACCUGUGAAAUUCAAGAGCUUCGAGGUGGCAGCCAAGAGGAAGAAGUUCUUUGAGAUGUCGUCGUUCGUGGAAACAAAGGGCAUGGACACCCUGAAGAGCUCACCUAUCGAGUUUGUCGAGUACAAUAAAAACCAGCUGAGCCGAAUCUACCCUAAAGGCACGAGGGUGGACAGCUCCAACUACAUGCCUCAGCUCUUCUGGAACGUUGGUUGCCAGAUGGUGGCACUUAAUUUUCAGACUCUCGACCUUCCUAUGCAGCUAAACAUGGGGGUGUUUGAGUAUAACGGCCGCGGCGGCUACCUCCUGAAACCAGAGUUUAUGAGACGGACGGACAAACACUUUGACCCUUUCACGGAGAACAUAGUGGACGGGAUAGUUGCCAAUACAGUCAAAAUUAGGGUGAUCUCAGGCCAGUUCCUGACAGACAAAAAGGUGGGCGUGUAUGCGGAAGUGGACAUAUUUGGACUACCUGCUGAUACAAAGAGGAAGUACCGAACCAAAACAUCAAAUGGGAACUCACUGGACCCCGUGUGGGAUGAUGAAAUGUUUGUCUUCAAUAAGGUGGUCCUCCCAACACUGGCUUCCCUGAGGAUAGCGGUAAUUGAAGAAAACGGCAAGUUUAUUGGACACCGCAUCCUCCCUGUGUCGGCCAUUAGACCUGGCUACCACUACAUCAACCUGAAAACUGAGCUAAACCAGCCCCUCCUCCUGCCCUCCCUGCUGGUUUACACUGAGGCUCAAGACUACAUCCCUAAUGAACACCAGGAGUACGCAGAGGCUCUGACCAACCCAAUUAAGCAUAUCAGUCAGUUGCACAAAAGAGAGACACAGCUGGCUGUUCUCAUAGAAGACAACAGUGAGCAUCUCCCGCACCAGCCCAAAGAUGGAGAGACCAAGAGAGAGAGUGAAGUCAUUUCAGGAGGUCGACUUCCGUCCCCCUUCCAAAACCUACCCCCCUGCUCAUUGGAUGAUGCCCCUGAUAUCAUCAAAUUACCGGCACCAGUACAAAGUCAGAAGGAAGACCUCAUAGCCACUGUUCUGACAGACGUCCAGGUCGACUCUAUAGAAGAGCUGAAGCAGCAGAAGAGCUAUUUGAAGCUGCUAAAGAAACAGAGCAAAGAACUCAAAGAGCUGCGGAAGAAACACCUCAAGAAGGUGUGGAAUCUUAGUAAGGAGCAGAAGAAUCGGAGUAGCCAGCUUCAAUCUGACACCCAGAGGAGGCGCAGUCAGAUGGAGAAACAUCUCAAACGUAGCAUCAAGAAAAAUGAGCCCCAGGAGCCGGUGCAGCGUGAGCUGACAGCGUUGGAUCAGGAGCUUGAAAAGCAGACGGUCCAGCUGAGGGAAUGGCAGAUGCAAGAACUGCUGAAACUUCGACAAGAGCUCCACUCACUGGAGAGAGAGAAGCAACAAACGCACCUACAAGAGGCCUUCCACAAAUUGAAGGAGACGGCCCAUGAAUGCCAAGCAGCUCAGCUGAAGAAACUCAGGGAGAUGUGUGAGAGGGAGAAGAAAGAGCUCCAGAAGAUCCUGGAUAGGAAGCGACAAAACAGCAUCAGUGAAGCCAAGAGCCGCGACAAAGACAAGGCUGAAACGGAACUGAAUGAGAUCAACAGGAAACAUAUUCAAGAUUCUGUUGCCUUAAUCCGUGGGCUGGAGGAGGCUCAGAGCAGGAGACAGGAGAAGUUGAUGCUGAGGCAGCGGGAGGUGCUGCAACACAUAGACGAGGAAAUUCCACUGCUGAAGUCCCAGUUGGAGAGGGAACUGGAAGAGGAGUAUCAGCGACUACCGGAGGAAAUAUGCCUGCACCUGCAGUCGGAGCUCCAGAACAAAGGUCUCCGAAAGGACGCCCUGUUCUCGCCCUUUUCCAAUCACAGCAGCUCCAGCCCCAGCUCGGGCUCUGGCCCGCCCUCCAACUGCUCCACGCCCUCUUACCCGUCAACGCCCAAUCGGAGCACCUGGAACAGGAGCAUGGACAAUAGCACUGCCUCGUUGGCCGAUUCCACUUCCUCGUCCACCACUCCCGUCCUGUCGGAGGCAGAGAUGUCGUUCAGUUAAAAUUAUUACUUGUAAAAAGGAAAAUACAUACAUUCAACUGGGGUCAUAAUGAUUCAAAUGUGGCAUAGUAAAGAUAUAGAUUAUUUACUAAUUUUAUUCUUUUUUUUAUUACAGACUGUUUGUUUCUUGUCUACAGAGCUAUAUUAUUUUUUAUUUCGCAGUUUUUUUCAGAUGACACAUCAUGCCUUUAGUUGGAAGAUUUCAUAAAAAUCACAACACUUGUUUUUGUGAUUUUUUUCCUUUCAUACCUUUCUCUUUGUAUCAUUUCCAUUUUGGUCUGGUCAGUAAGCUUUGCUACAGUUUUGCCACACCAAAAACUUUAUGUUCACACUGAUGUUGGUAAAACGUUCUGUUUGUAGCAGCUUUAACUUCUUUUUUGACACCGUUUGAGAGCUUUAAACUGUUUAGAGAGAGAGGAACAGGGUAAGAAAAUGGCUGCCUUUGUUCAGGAAAACAUGGAUACUGUUGCCCCAAGUGAUUACCAUGAGGGUAAGAAAAGGUAACUCUCACAACAGAUUUUGGACAUUUUGUUUGUAGCAAGAUUUGACCUUUGCUUCAUAAUGCCUUCCUUACACAGUGCAUAUAUUGCACAGUUAUAGAUGAAGAACUUUUCCACUUUUGCAAGUGAUCAAGGUUAGAGGUGUAUGUUCCAGAAAUGAGUAUCGAGAGGGAGGAUGAAGGAAAAGAGGACUGAAUUUUUAACCUGGUUUUAACAAAGGUUGCAAAUCUUAACUUUUAUCUGUAAUGUCAGUAGCUGACCAGUAAGUGGUGCUGCAGCCUUAACAGAUUUUUUUCAGUGAGUGGUUUCAGCUGCCAUAGCUAUCAUACUGUACCUCCACACACACACACACACACACACACACACACACACACACACACACACACACACACACACACACCUGUCCGUCCAGGAUUUGCAGCCUCAUUGGUCGGGAUAAAGUCUCUGGCCUUUAGCCUCAAAUCAGAAUCCAAUCAAGGGUUGCAUAGGGGGUGGUGCUUGUGUAAGCAAAUAUCCCUCUCUGACGCACACAUGCUUGAUGCUCAAUUUUCAACUGAUCCAUCCACGGAAGAUCUAUCUUCACACACACACACACACACACAUACCCACACACACACACACACACACACACACACACAAACACACGCAAAGUUUAUUGGUUCAGAGGCCAAAAGCCUCUAAAAUGCCCCUCCCACCCCAAGUAGAACACACACACACACACAAUCGCACACUUUAGGAAAGAACCUCAAUAAUUUCACAAAUAUCUGUGUGUGUGUAUAUGUGUGUGUGUGUGUGUGUGUGUGUGUGUGUAUGUUUGUAUGUGGCCAGAAGUUAAUCUUUUGAUGAGACAUCUGCUUUUGGAGGCUGUAAUACUUAAUGGAAACAGUCUGUUCACUGUGUGUGUGUGUGUGUGUGUGUGUGUGUGUGUGUGUGUGUGUGUGUGUGUGUGUGUGUGUGUGUGUGUGUGUGUGUGUGUGUGUGUGUGUGUGUUGGUACAGAUAUUUUGCUACUUUGGCAGCCUAGAGAAGUACAUCACACGAUUAAAUAGUAGCACCACUGUAGGAGACAGUCUUCGGUUGAUGACUUACAGCGGCACAGUGACAUUUCAAUGUAAAAAAUGUACUUAUUAUUUUAGUUUAAAUUACCGUUUGAAACAAACGGGCCGGUAUUCCUUUCCCCUCUAACUGAAACACUGAUUUACUCAAUUUGAGAAAUUAUUAUCGAGGGAUUGUUGUGGUAAGAAGUCCUGUCACAGCUCAAAAAGUGACCAUUCAGACAAAAUGAUUUUCGCUAGGUCUGCACUAGACAGGGUUUUCUGAUGCUUUAAUUUCACUGAAGACUCAAAAUUUAAGCAUUAUUUUAGGGUAAAUAUGCCUUUUAAAAUAUCCCACACAGGGUGUUAGAUACUCCAUUCAAGCCAAAUAUUGAAUGUGCUAUUUUGGUGCACAAACUAAAUGGUACUUUAAAAAUCUGUGGUUUUGUCUGCAUCUAAGCUUCUUUGUUUGUUUUUAAAUCCAGUUUUUUUCUCUUUUUUUACAGAAAAAUGUCAAUAGUUGUUGUUUUUCAUUCUCGUCUCGUCCACUUUGAGGGGUAAAAUGUUAGCACUUUGUGUAUGUGUAUUUUGUGUAUAUGUUUAGCUGUAUGUGAAUUUUACUACUGACCACAAGUGCUGGAGAGGCAUGGGGGUCGGGAGAGGUUAAGGACGUUUAAGGAAGGUUGAGAGACUCAGCAAGUCCCAUCUUGUCCUCUCCCAUCUCUCUCCUUCAAUGAGCACUGGCUGCCUGUCUGUCUGAUUAUCCCCCCUCACACACACACACACACACACACCCCUUGUAAACUAUUAUCCUCUUAAAUUGAACUGUAAAAAGUG